AUGGCUUGUGGUUCGUUUCACACCGUGCUUCUCCGAAGUGAUGGCAGCGCUGUUCCUUGCGGAGCGAAUGAUUGCGGACAAUGCGACAUUCCACCUUUAGAUAACGGAAUGUCAUAUAUCCAGGUUGCUGCCGGCAUAGAACAUACGGUGCUUCUUCGAAGUGAUGGCACCGCUGUUGCUUGUGGACUGAAUGAUUGUGAGCAAUGCAACAUUCCACCUUUGGAUGAAGGACUGUCAUACAUCCAGGUUUCUGCAGGAGGGCAUCAGACACUGCUUCUCAGAAGUGAUGGCAGCGCUGUUACCUGCGGAAUCAUGGUGCCCAACAUUCCACCGUUGGACACAGGAAUAUCCUACACCCAAGUUUCUGCAGGAAAUCAUCACAUAGUGCUUCUACGAAGUGAUGGGCGUGCUGUUGCUUGCGGACUGGAUGACUUUGGAGCAUGCAGCAUUCCGCGUUUGGAUGAGGGAAUCUCAUACACCUGGGUUUCUGCAGGGUCGUGUCAUACAGUGCUUCUCCGAAGCGACGGCAGCGUUAUUGCCUGCGGAAGACGUCCCAGCAAUGAUGCAUGCAACAUUCCUCCUCCGGGUGAGGGACUGUCAUACGUCCAGAUUUCUGCAGGCGAUUUUCAUACUGUGCUCCUCCAAAGUGAUGGCAGCGCUGUGGCUUGUGGGAACCACCGCAGUAAAGGACACUGCAACAUUCCACCUUUGGAUGAGGGAAUGUCGUACACCCAGAUAUCAGCAGGAGAGCUUCAUACAGUGCUUCUCCGGAAUGAUGGCACUGCUGUUGCUUGCGGAGACAAUGAGCAUGGACAAUGCGACAUUCCGUCUUUGAAGUCUUGGCGUGAGCUGUUAACCUUUGCAGACCCCAUCCACUGCUACGUUCGCAAUUUCACACCAUUUGAUAGUGAUCAUGUCUUGCAACUGGAUCUUGCCUUCGAAGAUGAUGCAGCCCUGCUCACAUGCUGGGACUUAGCGGGACAUGAAGUAUUGCGCUUGCCGGCACGUAGGUCUGACUUGGCCUUGGACACUCUGAGGCGCAUUGCGAGUGGGGUGAAGGUGAAUCUCCAAGGUCUUCGAGUGGUUUUGCCUGAUGGACAGCUCUUAGCUUCGAUUUGUGAAGAUCCUUUGGCCACAAUUGCUGACCUGGACACGGCGACGUCCCCACGUCUCAAUCCCACGUCUCACGCAGCCUUCCUGUUCGAAGAGAGCGUCGGGGGCUCCGUGACUCCAAGGGCCUCCAGGAGGAAUUGCAGGAUCUGCAGCUUCAAGUACUUGAAGUGA